UCUACUACUCUUUUAAGAAACACCUUCAUGGCAUCUGACGAUGGGAGUGGUGUCCAUCGGAUAGAAUACAGUUUCUUUGUUGCAAACAGUACAGUUGCACUUGAGAAAGGGGCCAUGCCAGCCAAUAGGAAUAAUGCAACGAGGGCAUGUAUUCAAGAUCCCAGGUGUAACUGUGUACUAGAAACGUGUUUUCUUAGAGAACAAACACUGGAUUUUGAUAACUGCCGGUUUCUUGUGCCGAAAGAGGAUUUGAACAAGUCAGCUAGAAUAGAAGUCACCGUUUACAACCAGGCUCUACUUUAUGACACAUUCACAAUAAACAUAAGGCGUCUGACAGAUUUGGGUGGUCUAGAGGAAUAUUCCGGUCCAACAAAUAUCCAUAUAGAAAAGAACCUUGCUACCGGCGUUCGUCUUGUUUGGGACUUGCCUAAGAAAGCGUCUUGUUACGGUAGAGCUGAUAUUGAUGUAGUUGUGGUAGAUUCAGGUGGAAGAGUUAAAGUGAUACAUGUCCAUAAUGAAGGAACGUUUAUUGACCUUGUUGGACUUGAGCCAGACAAUGACUACAGCAUUUCUCUUAAACUCGGGUACAGGGGCACAGAGCUUGCAGCACAGCCUUACAAGUUUAAAACUGCUCCUAAACAAAAUUAUCUUGAAGGCAGUGUGAUUGCAGGUAUUGUUGCUAGUGCAGUAGCAGUAAUUGGCAUAAUCAUCUCAAUAGUUGUGGUUACGUAUCGGCAAAGACGAAUGCAACCUGAGAAAGAUGGUUUGAAAGCUUUGUCUUUUAAAUACCGAAACGCGGUAGAUGCUAUAAACAAAGGAGAGAAGAAAAACAACUCUGAAAUGUAGAAAUGUCCAACGGUGUACCAAGAGAACUUUGGGAGAGAAGAUGAUAUUCAUGGAAUUAAGACAAAAAUAUAAUAAACUGUUUCUAGCUGAACAAUUGUCGGAUGAAUUCUGAAAUAAACAGUUCGAGAAUUAAGAGACUCAUAACUUAGUUUUGCUUGUAAUUUCUAUUUUUAGGCCUGUUGAACCAGUUCUUUAACUAAAAUGUAUUGUCAGAAUUUUUAAUUUGUAUGUUUGAUGAUGAUUUUGAAGUCUUGUUAUUAGGAAAGGUAAUUUGUUUUUGUUUGAUAUUCAGUUUUAGAGAGUAUAUUAUUCACGAUAUAUGUAAUCAGAACACAGUGUUUUAUAUCCCAAAUUCUUGAUAAGACUUUUGCAAAGACAAAAUACUUAGGCUAAUUACACAUGAAUCAAGCACACUGCAGCCAAACAUGAAAAAUAACUUGACUGGUGAAAAGGGGUUCAAAUAUUAUUUUUGUUAUUUUCGAUUUUAUUUCUUUCAUUUUAUCACUCACAAUAACAUUAAAUUUCUCUAAAUUAAGUGAUUAAAAUCGAAUGAUGAAAUAAUUGAUUUAUCAAAAUCAAGUCGUAAUAAAAUAAUUGUGAUGGCAGAGGUCUCUAUUCUGUUUACCACGUAAGAGAAUGCAAUUUAUCUUAUUCUUUAACAAAAACCUUCUAAUAUGAGAGCUAUGUAAUUUAGCAAACAUUACUAAGUAAAAAAUUCAAAAU